GGCUCCUGAGUUCCCUGGGGACCAAUGCCCCUGCCCUUCCCUCUGCUCCAAGGGGCUCCUGUUUUUUUGCACACUGUCGUCUGGGUUCUGUGAUCCUGCCCCACCUGACUUCUCAAUCUUGGAGAUAGAAAAUGUUUCCACUGGCGAUGAGCAGUCUAUCAAUGGUGGAAGCUGCAUUGACUGCCUUACUGUCCCUGGGGUUGCUGCUCAGCCUAGCACAACACCUCUGGACCUUGCGCUGGACUUUAAGCAGAGACCGGACAUGCUCUCUGCCUCUUCCCAAGGGUUCUAUGGGAUGGCCCUUUUUCGGGGAGACGUUGCACUGGCUAGUUCAGGGUUCCAGGUUUCACAGCUCUCGUCGGGAGCGCUAUGGGACAGUAUUCAAAACGCACCUGCUGGGCAAGCCAUUGAUCCGCGUGAGCGGCGCCCAAAACGUGCGCACCAUCCUUCUGGGCGAGCACCGCCUGGUGAGCAGCCAAUGGCCUCAGAGCGCGCGCAUCCUGCUGGGCUCUCACACACUUCUGGGCGCAGUAGGGGAGCCCCACCGACAGCGUCGCAAGAUUCUGGCCCGAGUGUUCAGCCGCGCAGCACUAGAAAGUUACAUGCCGCGCAUCCAGACCACGCUGCGGCGGGAACUUUGGGCUUGGUGCGGGGUCCCGGGACCAGUCUCGGUGUACUCGGCCACUAAGGCUUUGACCUUCCGCAUCGCCGCGCGGAUCCUGUUGGGUCUGCGCUUGGACGAAGGCGAAUGCAACGAACUGGCAAAGACGUUCGAGCAACUCGUGGAAAACCUCUUUUCCCUGCCUCUGGACGUCCCCUUCAGCGGUCUGCGCAAGGGAAUCCGAGCCAGAGACCUACUGCAUGAGCACAUGGAGAAAGCCAUUUUGGAGAAACUGCAGAGGGAACAGCCUGGAGGACAGAAGGAUGCUCUGGAUUUCAUCAUCAACAGUGCCAAAGAACAAGGCUGGGAACUCACCAUGCAGGAACUGAAGGAGUCAGCCAUAGAAUUGAUCUUCGCUGCUUUCUUCACAACUGCCAGCGCGAGCACGUCCCUUCUCCUCCUCCUCCUGAAAUACCCUGCCUCCAUAGAGAAAAUCAGGCAGGAGCUGGCUUCUCACGAACUGACCAGACGGUGUUCCUGCUGGCCUCCUCUGGGCUUCCCAGACCUCGUCAGGCUGGGAAAGGACCUGCAUUCAAGGGAGACUCUCGGAGAGGAACAGAAACGGAGGACCCCUUGGGGCAGACCAGAAGUGAGAGGAGAGACCGGCCCUCUCCUGCAGCCUCCUUCCGUUCCCGUAGCCCCAGAGUCGCAAGAGAAAACGAGCCCUGGGAACGGCUGCCCGAACGCCAAGCCGGGACGAGCGGACCUCGAGCGCUCCUCCCCAGGGCUGGAGGCAUCGAGCUGGCCGGAAUGUGAGUGCGAUGUUGACCUCAGCCUAGAGAAGCUAAGCCGCCUUCAAUACCUGGACUGUGUAAUCAAGGAGGUCUUGCGCCUCCUGCCGCCGGUGUCGGGUGGCUACCGCACCGCGCUGCAGACCUUCGAGCUGGACGGCUACCAGAUCCCCAAAGGCUGGAGUGUGAUGUACAGUAUCCGCGACACUCACGAGACCGCGGCCGUAUACCAGAGCCCGCCCGAGGGAUUCGACCCGGAGCGCUUUGGCCCGGCGUGGGAAGAGCAUCGGGGGGCUGGGCGCUUCCACUACAUUCCAUUCGGUGGCGGUGUGAGGAGCUGUAUCGGCAAGGAGCUAGCUCAGGCCAUCCUCAAGCUGUUUGCGGUGGAGCUGGUGCGUACGGUGCGCUGGGAGCUGGCCACGGCCAGCUUCCCAGACAUGCAGACCGUACCGAUUGUGCACCCAGUGGACGGACUCCAGGUCUUUUUCUACCCACUCCCGCCCUCCUGCGGCCAGGAGCUUGUGAACUUUUGACCUGUCUGCAGGGGCAGGACCGGGACCAAGGAAACAACUCAGUCCGCCUGGGAUAAGACCGGAGACAGCCCAUCUCCUCUCUGUCUUUUAAUUCCACAGAUCCUCCCUCCCCCUUUCCUCCCUGCUGAGCUUGGUUCCAGGCCUAAAUGGAAGGAGAAUUCCCUGGAGCCAGAAUUUACACCCAGAUUCGGGCCUUGGGGAGCGCUCUCGAGCAGGGAUGGUUUACUCUCCCUGAAAUCCAAAGAGCAAGCAACUUCUGGAGUUCGAGGAGAGGAAGCCCGCAGAGUGAAUCACUGCAGGGAAAAAAAGGGCAAGCCUUUGCGUAGAUUCCAAAGGGGCCCAGCGGGCUAGGGCUGAGGCUGGGCUGGAAACGCUCGAGGGAAACAUCCAAAGCGCAGGGUAGGCGAGGACUCCCGGCUUGGCAACAUUCCUGCCCGCUUGGUAGAUUGUAGUCACUUAGUGCUUUCUUACCUGGCUGGAUACAUUAUAGCAACAUUUCCCCAUAGGCUAAGUCAGAAAAAGAAUAACAGGGAAAAAAAAGGGGGGGGGGGAUGGAAAAUAACCUUCCAUCUGGAUAGAGACUUGGAAAAGCUGAAUAGCUGGAGCCAGAGGUCGCCUGGUAAAACCUCCUGCUGCAGGUCCCAUCCCAUCUGAGACCUAUUUAUUUCACAGAACAGGAGGCCAACUACUAUCUGGUGUAGAGAGUAAAAUCUCCAUUUUGAGCUCUGGUGAACCAAUAGUGCCUCCACUUAUUCGGGUGAUUUCUUCUCUCCAAAACAAUUAUGAAGCAUAUUAGACAGAUAAGUAAUCUUGAAGAUUUGGUUUAAUAUUUUUAGAAUUUGUUGAAUGUUAAUCCACUAUUAAUUGAGAAAGAGCAUGGGGGUAGUUUAUAAGGAAGGUCUCAGUUCAGGCAAGUCUUGCCUUUGACAUCCUGGCUGUGAGACUGAGAAAGUCAUUUAACUUCUCAGUAACCCAGGCAACUCUCUAAGCUGUAAAUGACAGAAUUCUGAAAUCAACAUAACUUGCCCCCACCUCCACCCCUGUAAAAUCCCUAACUAGGAUGUUUUUUAGAUAUUUGUGCUAAAAGGCCAAGGAAUAAAUUUUAGGUUGCAGAGGCUUCGGCUAAAAGAUCAAACACAGGUGCUGUUAUUGGGGGACAUUCUCCUGGACCUUUAGGGACAGAGACUGGAACAGGAAAAGGAAGUGUAGGGGUCAGAUUGAGAAUCUUCUUAGCCACUUAUAGGAUACUCCUUCACCCUACCUUGAGGAGCUUAAUCAGAGGGAAGAUGUGGAACUGGGCUUUAGGAUAGGUCCGACAGACUUUGUUUCUUGGAUUGGAAAGUAGCCCCAAACCAAAGGUAACUUUUGCCUUAUCCUUAAAUGUGGGGUAUAUUUGUUGAUUAGCUUGCUGUUUGACCUUAGGCAAGUCACUUCACCUGGGUCUUUCUGAAAAGGGAGUGGGGGAGGAUUGAAGAAGAUGAUUCCUAAGGUACCUUUCAGUUCUAACAUUAAAUGCCUCUAUAAAAAGAGUCGGAGUCAAGUCAAGUAUUUAUCUAGUGCCUACUAUGUGCAUUAAACAUUGGGGAUAUAAUGAAAGGCAAAAGAGAGACCUUGUUCUCAGUGAGUUCAAUCUACUGGGGUGGGGGGAGGAGAGACAAUAUGCACACGACUAUGUACUGACACAGAUAUGGGACAAAUGGGAGAUCAUCAAUAAAGGCAAUGGCAUUAA